AUGGGCGUCUUCGGUCUAGGCGGGCAGAGCGGGCUCUUUGGAUCUAAAAUUGGACCUGAAAUAUCGCGCUUAUCGAUCGAGGUUGUGUGGGAACUGCGCGAGGAGCGUGAUGAGCGCGAGGAUGGGCCUCUCUUGCCUUUGAGCGAGUCUGUCAGCUUGGACCACGAGAAGGAGCGGUUGUAUUUGUUCUUUGAAAACGGCGUCUUCGUCUCCGGCGAGCCAGACGGCGUCACCACACCCAUUGGGAUGAGAUGA